AUGGCUCAGCCCCGUAGACAUGGCUUUGAGUUUAAACUGCCAUGUCAGAAACUGACUAGUCAAAAUUGGUUACAGUGGAGCUUUCAAGUAGAGCUUUUGCUGGUGGGGGAGAAGCUUUGGGACGUAGUCCAGCCCCCACAGAAUGCAGCUGGGAAAGCAGAGGCUAAGAGGGCUGCAGAGCAAAGUGAAGUGGAAAAGUGUGUGCUUGCUUUUUUGGCAGAAAGUGUGGAUGCUCAACUGGUGCCAGUUGUCCUGGGUGCAAGAAAGCCAGAGGCCGCUUGGCUAGCACUCCGAGAAGCUUGUGGAGCUGGGGUGGGAAGCAAGGGCCGAGAAGUGGCUGCAUCCGAAAGGGAGAGGCAAGAUGGCGCCGGCCACAUUCUUGAGAGCCGAUACACAGCUGGGAGGAGCUGUGAGCCCCCACAGGGGGGCGAAGGGAAUGCUGCUGUUGCUGGAAAUGCUGCUGGUGCUUUUGCUGAGCCUGGGAGCUGUAUGGAUGCUGCAACAUGUCUGUGUGAGGAACCUGGAGAGAGGCCAAGUGUUGGGAGCCCUUUACCCAUCAGAGGGGGUGCAGGAAAACGUCCUGGAGACCCCAUGAGCAGUGGGGGGGCAGUGAGCAGUGAAAGCUCAGCGACGCCUCAUUCUCCAAAAGCUGCCAGGAGUUGUUUACGCCAAAAGACGAAGCCUAGCUGUGCUGGAAGCUUCAAGGCUGGCCACCUGCAGCAAGUAGAGAUAAGAGCUUCAGAGUUGUGUGGGAACGCCGAGACAAGUCCAGUCUCCAUGGCAACUGAGAGAGUUGCAUCUAUGGAAGCUGUGAAGGUCGUGGGCAAGUCUUCCUGCCGGGGGGAGUCUGUUGCUGUGACAACCAGAGAGAACAUCUGCAGAAGCCCCAAGGAGGGGGGUAGCGAGGAGAUUGUUGCCCUAGUGACCCAGGAAUGUCAACAACAAAGCUUUCUCACUGUAAUAAUCGACAGUGGUGCCUCAAACUCAUUGGUGCCAUCUCCUGGUCUUUUGAGGAAUUGCAGGACAGUAAAAACUGAGAAAUUUGUGACGAUUGCAGAUGGAAGCAGAAAAAGACUAACAGAGACAGGCCUUUUCUUUUGUCCUUUCCUUAAGCAUGAAGUCAAAGCUUAUGCAGUGCCCGGUUUAACUAACUGUUUGUUAAGUGUGCAUGAUCUACUUAUUGAUGGUUUUCAUGUCUCUUUUGCAGGUGACAAAUGA